CUGUCAGUGGUGGAUUCAGCAGCAACAAGCUAGCUGUCAGCUGGAGCAGCUAGCUGCAGCAGGAGGAUGAACCUGAACCGGGUCUAAACCUUUACCUCGACUUUCUGAUCCAGAACCGGGUCCUGCCGAUCUGAGGGGGACUCUGAGCCGGACUCUGACCCGGUGUGAGGGUGUUCCUGUUGUUCUGUGUCUCUGAGGUUCCUCUCGGACUCUGACAGACCUGACCAGAGGAGUGAUGACGGAGUUCCAGGAGAAGCUCCGUCAGCAGCAUGAGGAGUCGAUGCUCCGCGAGCUGGAGACGCUGCUGUCCACAGAAACCAACAAGACCGAGGCCGAGAUCUCCAGGAAAGACUUCGAUGGCUUCAAGAAGCUCUUCCACAGAUUCCUGCAGGUCAAAGGUCCCGCAAUCGACUGGGCCAAAAUCAACCGACCCCCGGAGGACUCGAUUCAGCCCUAUGACAGGAUCAGCUCCAAGGGUCUUCCUGCCGACAUCAGCGCGAGCCUCAACAAGCUGGCGGUGGUCAAACUGAACGGCGGUCUGGGAACCAGCAUGGGCUGCAAGGGCCCCAAGAGUCUGAUCAGCGUCCGCAACGAGAACACCUUCCUGGACCUGACGGUGAAGCAGAUCGAGCAUCUGAACAAAACGUACAACGCCGACGUGCCGCUCGUCCUCAUGAACUCCUUCAACACCGACGAAGACACCAAGAAGAUCCUGCAGAAGUACAAACACCACCGAGUCAACAUCCACACCUUCAACCAGAGCAGGUAUCCGAGGAUCAACAAGGAGUCUCUGUUGCCCGUGGCGAAGACCAUGGGGACGAGCGGGGAGAACUCGGAGGCCUGGUACCCACCGGGUCACGGGGACAUCUACGCCAGCUUCCACAACAGCGGCCUCCUGGACAAACUGAUCUCUGAGGGGAAGGAGUACAUCUUCGUGUCCAACAUAGACAACCUGGGCGCCACCGUAGACCUCUUCAUCCUGCACCACCUGAUGAGCCAGCCGGCAGAGCGCCGCUGCGAGUUCAUCAUGGAGGUCACCGACAAGACCCGAGCCGACGUCAAGGGUGGUACCCUGAUCCAGUAUGAGGACCACCUGAGGCUGCUGGAGAUCGCUCAGGUCCCGAAGGCUCACGUGGACGAGUUCAAGUCCGUCACCAAGUUUAAGAUCUUCAACACCAACAACCUGUGGAUCUCUCUGCCCGCCAUGAAGAGGCUGCAGGAGAAGAACAGCAUGGACCUGGAGAUCAUCGUCAACCCCAAGACGCUCGACGGCGGUCUGAACGUCAUCCAGCUGGAGACGGCGGUGGGCGCGGCCAUCAAGAGCUUCAACAACGCCAUGGGCGUGAACGUCCCUCGCAGCCGCUUCCUGCCGGUGAAGACGUCGUCCGACCUUCUGCUGGUGAUGUCCAACCUCUACAGCCUGGACGCCGGAUCGCUCACCAUGAGCAAGAAGAGAGAGUUCCCCACGACGCCACACGUCAAGCUGGGGAGCUCCUUCACCAAGGUUCAGGAGUUCCUGCACCGGUUCGAGAGCAUCCCCGACAUGUUGGAGCUGGACCACCUCACCGUGUCCGGAGACGUCACCUUCGGGAAGAACGUCUCUGUGAAGGGGACCGUCAUCAUCAUCGCAAACCACGGAGACCGGAUCGAUAUCCCCGCCGGGGCGAUGCUGGAGAACAAGAUCGUCUCUGGAAACCUGCGGAUCCUCGACCACUGAGGCCUUCUGGGAGAUUCUCCUCCUUCUUCUUCUUCUUCUUCUUCUCUGACGAACUAUCGGCGAUUGUUUCCGUCAGGUCCUCGUCGUCCUCGCUCUUCCUCCUCCCGACGCUCACGGAGAAACUUUGUUACUGAAACGAUCGCCGAGUCGACUUUUCCUGCUGUCUAUUAAAGAAGUGCAAUAAAGCUCGGAGUGUUUUCUUUUCAUCAGAGUCGCCCCCUGGUGGUGACGGAGCGGCGUCUCAGCAGCUUUGUGGGGAAAAAAAAA